UCUAGCGGCGCUUAUCAGAUAACUGACAACGUUUUCGCGGUCUGCAAAGGGCUGAUCAGAGCACGCAGAAAUACUACAGCAGCCUGGCGGGGCGGAGGGAGAAGAAGCUGUGGAUGUAAGGACUGCUGAAUGGCUCAGUCAAUCCCCUGCAGUCGAAAAUAGAAACGGAGGCAGGCAGCGCCGCCCUCUGCAGCCCGCGGCGGCUCCACGUCACGCAGCGGCUCACACUCAGGAAAUUUAAACACAGAGCCCCAACACACACACAUACACAUACAUACACACGCAUCUUUCUUCUCCAAGGUCACCGAGCCAGCAGCCUACAGAGGACACGCACAGUGUCACUCUCCAAAGUGAAUCGUCAGCAUUAAGGUGGGCCAGUGAUGUCGCCCCCAGCCACAAGUCCCACCGUUGUGCCCCCACCAGAUGGCGGUUGGGGAUGGGCUGUAGUCUUUGCAUCUUUUAUCUCCAUAGGCUUCUCCUAUGCUUUCCCCAAGGCCAUCACAGUUUUCUUCAAAGAAAUCCAGAUCAUCUUCGAUGCCUCGUACAGUCAGAUAGCAUGGAUCUCGUCCAUCAUGCUUGCGGUCAUGUAUGCUGCAGGUCCUAUCAGCAGUAUACUUGUCAACACAUAUGGCUGCAGGCCUAUUGUCAUGAUGGGGGGCUGCCUCUGUGCCACUGGCAUGGUCAUAGCUUCUUUCUGCACUAGCGUGCUGCAGCUUUACAUGUGCAUAGGAGUUAUUGGCGGACUUGGAUUAGCCUUCAACCUGCAGCCAGCACUGACUAUGAUAGGCAAAUACUUCUAUAAAAAACGUCCCAUUGCUAAUGGGCUGGCAAUGGCGGGCAGUCCAGUGUUCCUCAGCACCCUGGCUCCUCUCAACCAGUACCUAUUUAAUCAGUUCGGCUGGAGAGGCAGCUUCCUCAUCCUGGGCGGCCUGCUGCUGAACUGCUGUGUGGCUGGUUCUCUCAUGAGGCCUCUGGGACCACUACCCAGCAAGAUCAAGAAAGAUGAAGAGUUAGCUGCCGUUGCCACCUCAACAAAAGAGAAGCGCACUGCCUGGCAACUAGUCAAUAAAUACCUGGACCUGACACUCUUCAAGCAUCGUGGAUUCCUUAUUUACCUGUCAGGGAAUGUCAUCAUGUUCCUGGGCUUCUUUGCACCUAUUGUCUUCCUUUCAGCCUACGCUAAGGACAUGGGUGUGGAUGAGUACUCGGCUGCCUUCCUUCUGUCAAUUUUGGCUUUUGUUGACAUGUUUGCCAGGCCCUCCAUGGGUCUACUGGCCAAUUCACGCUGGAUCCGACCCAGGAUCCAGUACUUCUUCAGCUUCGCUGUGCUCUACAAUGGGGUGUGCCACAUCCUCUGCCCACUGGCAGAAAACUACACCGGUCUGGUGGUCUAUGCGAUGUUCUUUGGGUUUGCCUUUGGCAUGGUCAGCUCGGUUCUGUUUGAAACACUGAUGGACCUGGUUGGGCCUCAGAGGUUCUCCAGUGCUGUGGGACUCACCACCAUUGUGGAGUGCUGCCCGGUCCUCUUGGGUCCACCUCUAGCAGGGAAACUGGUUGACGUCACAAAAAACUACAAGUACAUGUAUUUUUGCUGUGGAGCUGUUGUGAUUUUUGCAAGUAUUUGGCUCUUCAUUGGAAACUUCAUUAACUACAGACUCUUGGAGCGUGAGCGCAAGCGUGCAGAGAUGUACAAACGGACUGAGACGGAAGAUCCAGAUCCAGUUCAGGAACAGAAGGAGGCUGAUGGCGAAGCCCAGGCAUCGGAGGAGCUGGUUGACAAAUGUCAAAAAGCUCAGGAAACUAUGCAGCGAGAAACCAACAUUUAGAUCCUUCUGCCCUGUUACCAGCAACAGCUUAUCCUUACCUCCGCAGAAGUCUUGCAACACCCUCCACUACGUUCUAACUGAGCUCCAGGUCAAUAGGUGCCUCUUGGUCUUCCACCAGGCUCUAUUUGGGGUACUCUGUAUUUUUCUAAAACUAACUGCCAAAGCAACAACUGUGAGAGGGGAAACCAGAGUAACCUAGAGAAAAGUGUAAGAUUCUACAGGCGUGUGAAGAGGCUAAAAGUCUGGAAAUGAAAAACAGUGUACAACUAGCUGUAUUUUCUUUUUUGCCAGAUUCACCUUAUGUCAGAUUCAGAUUUACUGUAAAUACAAGAGGGCAACUUGGCAAAAAUACAUUCGCGGUACAGAGUUGCAGUUACAAUCAGGAUUUGGGAUUAUAGUAGGAUGUAUGUAGUAUGUAUCCACAAUUGUGUCAACAGAGAGCUGACAGUGAAUCCACAGAUGUCAGAUAAUUAGAAAAUUUCUUAAAUUCAGUCUGACAAUCAGCUCUGGAUAUGAAAAGUAUUAUCAGCUGCAUCUUGUUGAUACAUGGUUGAUGGUUGGUUAUCUUUGUUAAAUUUCUCAAGUUAAAAUAUUCCAAGCUGUAGCAACACGCAUCAUUCUGUUUCUUCCUGUGUCUUCCAUUAUGACGUGAAUACAGUGUCAGCAUGUUGGCACAGUUUCAAUAGCACUAGCAAAAUGAAUUCACGUUCACAACAGUAUGAAGUUUUGGUAAAUGAGGAAAGGUUAAAUUGAAAAGAGGAAGCAGUGGAUAUUUUAGUGGUUAGAAGGACCUGUCUAUGAGUGAAGGAUUGCAGUUUUGACACUAGCAACAGUGAGUGGCCAGUUUUGUGUAGUACUGAUCCCUAACUGUGCAUUCACACCAUGAGUAACUUUGCAUAUGAGUUAGAUUUUUGACACAUUGCGGAGAGUUAGAGGCUCCGAGUGUACCAGUUGUACUGUGCUACAAUCAGAGGCGCAAAUUUGUUAGCAAAGAUAACUUUGUAAAUUAUCAACGAGUGUAAUGACGAAUGCGCCCAUUCUCCAGGCAUCCACCUUAUAAGAUGUCUCCUUUAUUAGUCUUUCCAAUCAAAGUUGUGGAGAAUUGGGCAGAUUUGAAAAUGUGGAAUCAAAUGUUCCUAUUUCAUGCUGAUGUUCAUGAAAUCAAAUCAAAAGUGAACAAGAAAGGAGCUGAGAUGUGGCAGCUGUUAAACCUAAAAAGUUGGCCUGAUUUUCCUGGAUGGCCAGCUCUGUGUAACAUGAAAAGUCCUAAUGACUAGUUGAUUGUGUUGCUCGCAGUGUGAAUGCAGCAUAAGCAACCCCAGUGCACUGGAACUGGUUGAUCCGUCUGGUGAUACGUGUCAAGCAAGAAUACAAAAUCCUAAUUGCACUGUUUAAUAUGGCAAGUGGGUGCCCUAAAAUUCCCACUUCCAUAAAUAAAGAGCAGAUGUGCUGACAGCUGGUGUUGCUGGUCUCCCUGUAUUAUGCUGCCCACUUGAGCACUGUAAUGCUGUGUUGUAAUUCCUACCCAAACGUUCCACUUUAAUACUUCGAUCAAGUCAUAAAAUGCUUCCUGUAAGUUGUCUAUUGUUCCAUAUUUCAGUCAUAUACAGUAUGCUGCACUAAAACAAAAAUGGCCAUACUUCACUUCAAACAUCUUUAUAAAACUGCUGCAAUUCAAUUAAUUUAAAAAUAGUUGAAUGUAAUUUCCUCUGUGGGCCUUAAUAAGGUAUUAAUGACCAAAACCCGUUUGCAUAGGAGUGGUUUUUCUACAACUAGAGCCCAUGAGCAAUAUAACCACUUAUAUUUUAAUGCAGGACAGUGAAAUGUCUUUUCCAUUCUGUGUUACAUUGCCUUAAAUGUAAUGUAAUGAAUACAAGGAGAGUUGUACAGUGAAUACUUGAUAGUAUUAUACCAAGCUGAUAAACCUUGUGUUAAAUGUGACCUGCAUUUUUGCUGUGAUUUACUUUAAAACUUGCAAGAAGUCAGUUUAAUCUGCUCCAGUUGUCUCCUAACAUGUCCGUAUUGAAAUGUUAAAGCUAUGAAAUGUUCUGUGUAAUCUCUCCACAGACUAAUUCACUAACAACAUCCGCACCAGUAUGUUAUAACCUCUGAAGGAAUAUUACUGACACUACUAAUUACUGAAUGCUGAUCACGUCUACUGUUCGGAUUGUGUGCAAACAAAUGUACUUGAUGAACAUAUCAUUUAAUAAUCUAAAUGUUUCUGUAAAUGUCAAUAUUGUUCAAUAUUCUAUCCAUUCCAUUUGUUAGUUUUUUUUUUUUUGUAAAUGUCAUCCUGCUGUGCUGUUGAUCAGUCCUCAUCUCAAGUCUGGGUCUCAAAUGCUGACCAAAUGAUGUCCUGUCUCAGAUGUCCUCACAAAGCCAGACACAUUUUAAUAACAAAUGCAAUUUUUCAAAGCAAUCAUGUACAAAGAACAAUGUUAUUGUCCUUUUUUGUCGCUUUGAAUAGUUGAAUGUGUUUUCAGAGUCAUGAAAAUGGAUGUGCAGCUGUGUAGCGGUGGCUUUCAAGCAUCUUCACCUAUAAGACUCAUUACAACUAAACACUGCGUUAGUGUGAAAACACUGUGUGGUUUGAGGGGAAAUUGGAGGAAUCAGCCCUUGUUAUGUUUGUCAGGAUGAACUCUGAAGGUAUCAGUGCAAUGUUAUUUAGAAUAUUAUGUUAUCUAUUGUAAAUAAGAAAACUUUGAAAGAUUUUGCACACUUCUGUUGUUAGUUUGAGAAGUUCAGAGUGUAGGAUACAGAGGCAUCUGGCGGUGUGACUGACUACAGGUUGUAACCACCUGAACACCCCUUGCCUCACCGUGCCCUACAGUGGGGCUACCGUAGAAAUCUAGCAGUGCAACAUGGCGACCUUCAUGAAAGAGGACCCAUUCCCUUUGUGGAUAUUAAAGGCUCAAAGGCUUGUGGAAACACAACAAUUCUUUUUUUUUAAUUGUGCACUCAUGAAAACAUAAUUAUAAAUAUUAUCUUCCAUUUCUGCCCCUAAACCCUACACUCUGGACCUUUAACAAAGCAUUUGGCUUCUUGGAGCUUGGCUUUGCACCAUUUUGAGUUGAGUCUCAGUUUGUACCCCAGCAAUAUGUGGACAAACCCAGUUUGUUAAUAACAUACAUCUCAUUUGUUGAGAUUAACUCUCCUAAGAGGGUUCUUGCUUUUGUGUGUUGGCUCACCAGCAUUUCGUGCCAAUAUUAGACAGUAUUUUUAUAUUGGCACGUUUUUACCUUCUUUCAUUAAUGAAUAACAUCAAUACCUUAUGAAUGUUCACUUAUUCUGCUUGUCUUUAAUUAGUGGAAAGAGGGACUACUUUCUUUCGCUGCAAUUGGCCAUCACUAUGCUCAUUGUACAUGAUGACUCUUAAUAGAAAGAGACUUCUGUACAAUCACUUUCAACCAAAUAACACUGCCCCCUGCUGGUUUCACCAAGACCAAAAUGAAUAACAAAUCAAGCUUCCAACAGGACAAUGCACUCAUUUUCAUAAGUUACUUUAACGACCAAGCAAGGUUUCAGUUUCAUGGCUCAUGGGUUUCUUGUGUUUUUUGGUUGAGGUUUCGCCAAAACUGAUAUACAUUUUUUUGUGUUUAUAUGUUAAAGUUAAGGAAUAAAACUUAACAACCAUAUUAUGUUUGAUGGACCAAAGGGAAAUACCAUUGAAUUUCUUUUUUUUUUCUUUCAAUUUUCUCAUCUAUACUGAGUUUAUGAAUGCUGCUCCAUGUUCUUUAUAAUCAGUAGAAAGAGCAGGUUAUUCAUCUUUGAGAUGGAGCAGAAAUAACAGCAGAGGAGCAGGAAACAUGCAGCAAAAACUGCAGCCUCUGUGGUGGUUCACAGCAGCAGUUCCCAACCAGGAGGGUAAGCAGCCGACCUUUUCUACAUUCUUUGUAUUCUGGAUUUUUACUUGAUAGUUGUAUCCCUUGAGGCCUCUAAAAAUAUUCAAAUUUGUUUCAUACGAUCACAACUCAGUAUUGUUUCAUUUGAAGGGAACUGCUGUUUUAGAGGUCAAUAUGGUUCUCUGCCUAUAGGAAGGCUACUCAUGACAUAUGGUAAAAAACAUAUGCUCAAAACGGUAUUCUCAUUACUGUACUGCUGUUUCAGGUUUAAACAAUACUUUUCUGUAUUUUCUAAUGUUUAUUCUAAGGAAAUAAGUUACACUGAUUAAUCCAAAUAGAGAUAAUUGAUUGAUUUUGACGUGCACCAAUAGCCUUAUCAAUUAUCUUGCUUAGCAUAGUCUCUUUCUUUCUUUUCAUGUGUACAUUAUACUUAGAAACACAGGUUUAUUUUGACUUUUGCUUAAGACCAAAUUUAGUAGAGAGGUUAAAUUUAAAUUAAUAUUCAAUGCUUUCACUCCUCUUUAAUUAAUUCUGUAGGUUCCUGUCACUUUAGGAAAAGAGCUGGCUGAUAAUUGUUUUUAACUACUGUGUGGGUGUUUUUUUCCGUUUAUGUGUGAACUCAAUAUUCAGAAUGUAAAGGCUUUAAAGUUUAUAAGAGACUAAAGAGAUGUCACUUAGUUUUCUUUUGAAUUGCAGUCAGCAUGUAGCUUAGCAGCUGACACAGUGUCUAGCUGACAAAAAUGACAGCAGAUUGGAGUUUCAAACAUUCAUGCAGUUUGAGUCACAAAGCAGAAACUGGUUGAAUUAAUCAUUGACGGACAAAGAGUCAAAAAGAUGUGGCUUUUGUAGCCAUGGAGUGAAAUGCAGUGGAAUAAGUGUGGUGUCUAGUUCACUUUAAUUUAUGUGUUCUGAAUUUCAGUUUUGUUAUGACUCUGAGACCUGAGUAUACUUAUAUUUGAAAUUAAAUACUUUGAAUACGUCAUUUUCACAAGUUUAUUUUGAACUUGAAAUUUUUACAUUCAGAUCUUCUUUUAAAUAGAUCUCUGUCCCUCUGUAACAACUGGAUAAUUUUUGGCUCCACUAAGUUUUUUUUUUUUUUUUUUAAAUAAUGUAACAAAAUUCCACUCUGCAGAGCCAAAAACUUCUUGAACACACUGCCAUUUUUGUUUUUUCAGUCUAAUGCGGUAAGAAGAUCAGCAUGUGUUGGUGUUGAUUGUAUACAAGGUGGUUUGCUACUGGGAGGCUGAAGGACUGUCUGUCUGUUAAGCUAACUGUGCCUUAUUGUCCUGUCCCGAUCAUUAUAAAUGUCUUUUGUGAACACUGUAAAAAUGACAUCAUGUUGUUCAAACCUUUAGGACAUUUAGGUUCAGAUUAUCCAUGCCCCUGCUGUAUGUAUGUUUAUAAAUCAUUUGCAGUAUUUCAUUUUUUUUGUAAAUAGUUAACUAUAUAGCUCUUCAUUCAAAAUUCACUCCUGUCUGCCACCAUAUUGACACAUAUGAACAAAUGACACCAGAUAUAGUCUAAAUAUUUUAAUUAUUUUGUCUUUGCUAUAUUGUUUUUAUAGGGCUUUGCACACAAUGAUGCAAAUAGUUGUGUGUAUGAACAGGAGAGUUGUGUUCACAUGUUUGGAUGUCAGUACUGUAGUUUGUUUCAGCAGUGAACUCAGUCCAUAAUGUCCUUCCAGUGGCAGACGUGCUGUAUGCUCUCUCACCAGGGGAACUACACUGUAUGGCAUUAAACCAUUUUUCAGAUUUUGUCAGUCUUUUCACUACCUCUGCAGCCGUCACAAGGAAAAGUACCACACGGGUAUAGAAAACUGAUUUAUGUUUUUGUAAUUCUAAUAGAAUGUUAUCACCUAUCACAGUAGCAAAAUAAAGUAUAAAUCCAAAAUAA